GUGACGUUUUGUUCAUGUGGUCAAGAUGUCAGGCGCGGCGUUCUUGUUUCAUCGAUGGACGAACAAUCAUCGUUCAAGUUAAUGAAAAUUAUCAUAACAAGUUUCAAAUCUUUGAUUCACCACGUGUUUGCCAUGCAUUUAAGUAGGCGCUUUAGAAACGGUCGCAUAACAUCUGUUGCCUAAUAUUUACUGUUUCAAUAUUGCUUUGGAAUGACCGAACAACAACCACUACUUUACUUCGGAAGUAUUUAACUAGAUUCAUUACAGCGUUUAUGUAUUUCCCGGCUGUUAUGUGGGGCGUUGCGGGGAAAUAUUUUAGCUGUCGAAAUGACUCCGUGUACUGAUGACUAAGUCUACCGGGUAAGUUAUCCAAUGAUUGGCUUGUUUACAUAUUUUUGAAUGGAGCUGUUCGUGAAAGAAUAUGAGUGACGUUAAAAAUAAAAUGAUAAAAAUUAAAAAAAAGACGAGAGCGUAGAGGAAAUUGAUAACAAAAUCUAAACAGGAAAAAGGAUACCAAAUAAUCAUGUACGGUGGAAAUGUGCCGGAUUGUGAUAUUCCUGAGUGGAAAAAAAUCUUAAUCAUGAAAAAGCGUGCUGGGUGUAGCCCUGCUUCUGAGCCAGAUGGUUUUUGUGAAGAUAACAACAAAUCAAAAGUGACGGAUCAUCCUAAAACCGUUAAAAUUGGAAGUAUUAAUAUUGAAUUAAGAAGUGUGAAGCCUGUUGAUACUCCAAAUUCUUUGGUGGAGGAAAAAAAUAAUUAUAAUUUUGAUGAAGCUGAGCAAUUCUCGGAAGAUUUACGGUAUGGUCCAGGUAUUGUGGACCGAUUACGGGCAAGAUUUCUCAAUAUCGGUGUUAAACAACAGGUGAAACCAGUAGUACGAAGGUUUUCCAGUUUAGAGAAUCUUCCUGGAAUUCCCUACAGAGUUAAUACUAGAGGGAUUCGCCAGAACGGUUUUAAAUCUGGAUUCAGUGCGGGCAACGUCAAGAAAGCGCAAAGUAUGGAAACUUUGAGUUGCACGACACCUGAGCAACAUAUAUUUUCUUCAAGCCGUCGACCAAAUGCUCGCCUAGUUGUUGGUGCUAAAGUAAGAAUUUUGUCAAAAAAUGCAACUCCCACUGACGAAAAUGAUACAUUACCGAGGGUAUUUAAUAAAUCCACACGCCGAUGGGAAUACGGAAGAAGUGUUUCAGCCCCGAACAUCAACGAAGACGAGCUUCCAAAACCAGACACGGUAAAGCACGUGAAAAAAAUAUUCGAAUCACCACUUGGGAAUAAUUCCGCGAAAACUACAAUCAGCAGUUUAACUCCGCGUUUUCGUAAAAGUACGACGACCCCUGCUACUCACGCAGUCUGCAAUGAUAGUGCCAUAAUCGAAAGUGUAGCUUGGCCAGCGGUCAAGAAAAGUGUGGAGGAUGCCAAAGCAACGUGUGCCAAAGAUUUUUGUAAUGUAAACAAUGCCGCGCCUUCUUCACCUGUGCCUGAAGAGGAGAAAUAUGACGAAUUCGUGAUAAAUGAAAUAGUUGAUAAUGAUUUAUCAGCUAAUAGGUCAUGUGAAUCCGAAAUUGCGCAAGAAACCAGCGACCUUUUAGAAGAAAACGAUUGUCAGUUCUAUUCCUCGGAUCCUGAUCCACCUAACAAGGUCACGCCCGAGCGCUUACCUUUCGAGUUGUCUCAUAAACAAUCCGACUCAUUGUCUCAAGAAUCCAGCAUUACGACGGGUGACCAGACAGUGAUGGUCGUUGCUGGAGAGGACCCCCAGAAAAAGUCUUGGCAAAAAACUCCCCAGCCUACUACCUCCAUUGUUUUUGAUUUUCGAGGGCGUAAAGAUGUGGAGCCGCACAUAUCUCUUAAUCCAGCACCUUUUGGAUGUCGACCGGCAAAAAUUUCCCGAAAUUCCGGCUCCAAGCGUACCGGAUCUCCGCCCCGUGUCAACGGAAUUCUUCCGGAAGAUGACCAUAAUGAUGAAGAAGAUUGGGAUGAGAUGGAUAUAGGAGCUGAUCUUCCUCUUAUUUCUGGGAUUGUGUUUGCUGGAGAAAAUGUCAAAGUUGGUAGAGGCUCUUUCUUAGAAACAAGAAAUAAAAAGCUCAAUAUUCAAUUUGAUGAUAAUGCCACCUCUACUUUUGAAUACCCUUCAGAAAACACCAGUUUUUCUCCAAAUGAAGAAAAAGUCCCAUUUGAUUCCUCUAUUGCCAUGGGAUCUGCUGCCAAUUCUAGGUUAUCAAAUUAUACACCUCUGGUGCUUAGUGCAAAUGAUGAUUUUGAGCUUGGUGUUUCACAUCAUAGACCUACUGUUAGAUCACCAGAUAGCAAUGAAGUGGAAGAAACCAUUGCUGAUAUCUUAAUACCAGCUGAUCCCAGUGAUACAGUUGGUUGGUCAGCUACUACUGAGACUGCUGAUAUUCUUUUCUAACUACUUUAUGAUGUUUGGACUCUUACUCUUCAUUUUACUUUCAUAUUGGUAUGUCACUUCAUAAUUAAAGAAAUGUAAUGGAAACAUUUAUAAAAAAUUUUUUUUGUACAUUUCCUUGUACGUAUUUACGUGUUUAGGAAUGAAUAUUUAUUUUAAAUUAAUAUUUAUUUUUAAAGUAAUAUUAUAGUUUUUCAAUUUUAUAAAAACAAAUCAUCUUGUGUUUGUCAAUUUAAGAAUCACAUAGUUUUAUUCGCAGAUUUAUUUCACAUUUGUCGUAACUCUGCUUUGUUAUCCGAUUUGUUUUUUCAAAACUAUGAAGGCUUAUAUAAAUUUCAAAAUAUUCCUUAUUUUAUAUGGUUAUUAAACACUCACUCAUUUCGGAUGGAUAUUAUGAGUCCAUUAGAAACUUUAAAAAAUGUCUAUAAUUUUCCUUUUUGUAAAAUAGCUUUUCUGGUUUUCGUUUGGUCUAAUUUGCUUUUAUAUACCUCUCAUACAAUUUUUGAUCAUUCAAAUAAUUAAAUUGGUAUUCAUCAUUGAAAGUCUGCUGUUGUCCAAUUUUUUGUGUGAUAAUUUUGUUAAAUGCUUUAGGAAUAUGAGCUUAUGAACAAUACCAAAGCAUAGAUUAAUUACAUUAUUUAUUCAAAAAUAGAGAUAUUUAUGUAUAGUUUUAAUGAAGACUUUCUUUUCCUGGUAAAUAAGCUUACAGUUAUAAUAAAUGUGAUGUUUGAUAUUAUAUAACUGAAAAAUAUGUUUUGUUUCACUUUUAAAUUGUUUGCAAUUUUUUAUAAUGACAACUAUCAUUAUGUUUUGUGUAGUAUUUAAGUAGAAAUACUCUUUUUUGAUAUUCAGCUUGUUUAAUUUUAAAACUUUUUAUACUGUUGACUGUGUUAUACAUAUUAUUUACACUUUUUGUAUUUAUUUUCUUUAUAAAUUUGGAAUAUAUUUGUGUAAUUGCAUUUAUUUAGUAAAGUAGGUAUUCAAAAAGUUUCAUAAUUGGAACAUUUUUUAAAAAAAUAAUGUUUGGAUAUUAUACCUAAGUCAUUUUAAUUUUUAAGAUUUGUGUAAAUUAAUAAUCUGGUCACCUGCAAACUUCAAAGAAAAAUAUGAGUAUAUUGUUUGUUUAUAAAAAUAAAAUGUAAAUGUGGUAAGUUAUAAUUUACAUCUAUUACUUUUGAAAUAAACUGUGUUUAAGUGGUGAAUGGUUUUUGAAGAAAAACUUUUCACCACUCUUUGUUGAUUACCUUUCUAAAAUUGACAAUGAUUAAUUAAUUCUGAAAAUUAGGUAUGAUAAUUGUAGUAUAAAUCCUAAAUUUUAUCAAAAGAAAAAAAAAACUUCCUAGCCACUUCAUGUAAGUUUUUUUCUUAUUAUUUUUUGCUAGAUUGUGGAUCAGUUUAAUCAUUGUUUUAUUUUUCUGUAUGUCUAUGUUUUGUCCAUUAUUCUAGUUUCCUUAAAUGAUUUUGUGAAAGGAAUUUCAAAGUUAUGCUUCUAACAUAUUGUACAAUACAGAGAUAAUGCAAUUGAAUAUCUUAUUUUCGGUAAUAUUUGCUUAACUUAAUACAAUUUUAAACUUCAUAUUUAAACUAAUCUAGUAUUUUGUUUAUCAUUAAUGGGCAAACAUUUAGUUCUAUGUUGUUCAUGACAUACUCCACAAAAAUUGCACCAUGUUUUUUUUUCUCUAAAAUUGUUAGUUUUGAAGGCUUUAUUGUAAUUCUAAAUAGUUUACUUUGUUUCAAUAUUGCUCUUAUUUUAUUUGUUUGAUCCAUAGUGAAGUAUUUACAUCAAGUUUCAACCUCAUUCAGAUCAACAAUUUUUUUUUAUUUUAACUUAAUUUUUUCUCUGAUACUGAAAUGUUUAAAUCUAAUGGUAUUCAAUAGUUAUGAAGUGUUACUAAAUUACUUAACUUCAUCAUAAUCAUGCUGAGAAAAAUUAAUUUUUCUCAUGACACCGGUUUUGUAAUUUACCAAUUUUUUUCUCUCUUGUUUAAUCAAAAUUGUUUAUUAACUUGAAAUUAAUGGAUUUAUGCAAAACACUUAACAAAUGGUUAUGUAUUAAUAAACUAAUUAUCUAUUUUGGUAGUUUUUUGUCAUAUUGCAUAGUACACAAAAGAUUAUUCAUAAUUAUGACAUUAUUUCUGUAUUAAAUUUUUAACUAAAAAUUCUUUUUUGCCAUAUUUUUUUAAUUUCUUCUAUUAUAAGUUAAUAAUUGUUUUUUAAGAUUAAAAUUAUUAAUGAUUUAAAAAUAUGUUUUAAAACUUUAAUUUUUUUUUUAGUAUUAUUAGAUUCAAUAAGAAUUCAAUUAGAUUCAAUAAGAACUCUUUAAAAACUUCUUGAUAGUGAAACUAUGUUUAAAAAGCUCUGAGAUUCAUGGAUUACAAAAAAUACUCUUGAUAGAUUACAAAACUGUUAGAAAUCUUAUGAUUAUAAAAAAAAAAUCUUAGAUGUCUAUUUAUUACCUACAUGCAAAGUUCACAUGAAAUUAUUGCAACUUUUGCAUAGAUUUUUGUUUAGGGUAAAUUAUUCUUAUUUAUAAAGUAUUUAAUUUCAAUAUUACAUUCAAGAAUCAAGAAUGAAAUCAAAAUUUGAAUAACAUGCAAUUUUUGGUUAUUGUUUGGUUGGCUAAUUCGGAUUUUAAACUUGCUAAACAAGCAAUCAAUUAAGAUCUAAGUAGUGAGAGCCAUAAUGGCUCAGUAGUUAAAACUCAGGACUAUCAGUGUAAAGAAAUAUGGUUCAAUUCUUCGCGGGCUUAAAUCACACGAAGCUUCAGAAUGACGGGUGCCAGCUUGUGUGGCAAGUAAAUCUGGUUGGUAUGCUAUGGUAACUCACCAUCAUGCCAUUUCAUUUUAUACAAUAUUGUGGAGCCUUAAACUCCAUGACAGUAUAACUCAUAACUGUCUGUUGCAGAAAUGCUUUACUUUUAUACCAUGUAGAGGGCAUCUAACCACCUAGAAGUAUCUGGAUUUGAUCAAAAUUGAAUUUGUCUUGCAAAGUUAUGAUUUUCAGUGAAAUUGCUCAAAAGCUAUAGAAGUUGAUAAUUUUUCAAGUAUUAUAAACUGCUGUUAGUCCUUGGAAGAAACUAAAAAUGUAAAAAUACUUCUAAACAACUAAAUUGUCUUUUCUUAUAUUUAAAAAUUCUAUGCUUUCAUUCCACUUUUCUUUUACUUUUUUGAAAAGUAUAAAAUAUGGAAGAUACUAUAGUACUAAAAUGUUGCAAACUUGAGACAGUUUGCAAAGUUUAUUAUAUACAAAAAUAAUUAUGUUAUUAUAUGUUUAUUUUUAAGUAUACUUCAAAAAUCCUGUGUAAAGUUACCUCAUCACAUUGUAUAUUUUUAUGCUAUAAUUAUUAAAUAAGUUUUUUUAUCUUAAAAUUCCAUCAAUAAUCAGUUACAAUGACUUUUAAAUUUUUGAUGUUUAUAUUUUACCGUUUCUUCAAAAUUGAAUUUUUCAUGUGAAUCUGUCUAUAGUGUUAUGUAAAAAAAAAUUACAUAAAUUAAUUUCAGUUGUGAUUUUCAACGAUAUUGUUUAAAGCAUGAAAAUUGAAUCUAUGUUUAAAAAUAAAUGUGAAUAAGUUGUUUCAUUGGAUAAAAUUUUACAGAUUUUAUAAGUGUUUAAUAAAAACUCAUAAGUAGACUAAUGUCUAAUAAUGAAGGCAGUAAAACCGAUUAUGGUUAAAGUGGUUUUUUUUUUCUUUUCUAAAUGAUUGCUUUCUACUUGCUUAAGAGUAGUAAUAAUAUUAAAAAAGAAAUUCAAUUUUGUUAAAAAUCAGUAAAUUUUCCUUCAUGUAAAGUAAAUUGUAAGAAUUAAAAAAAAAAACAAUGAACUAUAAUAAGGAAAUUGGGAGCGAGUUAAUUCUUUAAUAGAAUAAAUCUCUUAAACUUAUUUGAGUUAUGAUAUGAAUUAUUAUACGAAUCCUCUUAUUAUAUAUCCCUUCUGAUUAUAUAUCCCUUCUGAUUAUAUGAAACCUAAGUGUAUAUUUGAAUAUUUUCUAAUCUAAAAGAGUUUGAGAUAAUUCUGAAA